UCAGUAUUACCUUUUCAUAUGUUUUAAUUUUGAUUUUCAAAAUAAUAAUCCAAUGAUAAAAUAAAUACAUAUUAAAUAACUUGAUAAAAUGAGUGACAAACAAAACGACAAAUUCUGUGAUAUUUGCGGUGAUAAAGCCUCAGGUAGACAUUUUGGAGCCAUUUCCUGUUUAUCAUGCAAACAAUUCUUCAAACGGACUGCACCUACAAAUAAAAAUAUUCUGUGUAUUCAUAAGGAAUUAAUUUUAACGACUGAUGAGAAACAGCGACUCAGACGCGGAAACAAAUCAAAUGAAGAAGGAAUGAGAAAGGAAUUAAUUUUAACGACUGGUGAAAAACAACGGCUCAGACGUGAAAACAAAUCAAAUGAAGAUAUUAUGACAGAUAUUAACAAAAGUUAUUUGGAUUUCUCAGAAAUUGAAUCUUCGGAUCAGUUUGUGACAGAAAAUGAAGAUUUUUUGAACAAAAUAUUUGAUAAUAAUGUAACCACUGAUGACUUGACUGCAGAAAUCCACGAAAUUGAGACAUAUUUGCAGCAAAACAAUGACAACUCCGAAGAUAUCACCAAAACUAGGCCUCAAGAGUCGGCAAUUGUGCCACUAUUUCAUCAAAUAAUUAAAUCCAAAGACUUCAAUGAGUUAGAGAUCCAUAGGAUGUCGGAGCUGUUGAGCGCCGCCAACGUCUUCAUCAGUGAUCCCAUCCAUCCGUUCAUCAGCGAAGAGAUCACAGAUUUGUAUCAAUUGAUGGCAUGUGUGCCACAUAUGGUGGACACCGAGAACCGGGCGAUUGUCCGCUUUUCAUCGCAAUUGAGUUUACAGGACAGCCUACUCUGCAAAGACCUGACAAUUCUGGUCAACUAUGGAUCAAAUGACUUACGACUCUUGAGGUCGAUAUUGUACUUUAAUUUUGAUAACAACUACUGGUCAGUUAAAAUGAGACUUAAAAUCCUAUUUACAAAUAUCAACUCCGAAUGGGACAAAGACCCUGCUAUUAUAGAUUUGAUGACUGCAAUUUGCUUAUAA